AUGGAGAGAAAAAAUAUUGCUUUAUGGGUUUUCAUUACUACAUUCUUAGCUGUGAUAUCUAAGUCAAAUUGUCAAUAUAGACCAGCCCCUGCACUUCCAUUCCCGAGUUUUCCUGCACUCCGUCCUUUGUGCCUUUCCCAAUUUGCCCUUGUUAAUCAUGCAUGUUCUAUGCUUCCUUAUUCACCGUUGCCCCCUCCUGCUCCACCUGCUCCACCAACUCCUCCUGCACCUGCUCAACCCCCUUGCCCCCCAAAAACUGGCCAUCGACAUGGACACCAUCACAGGCAUAGGCAUACCAGUUCCGCCCCUGUCAGUGCUGCAGCAGAGGAAUGUUGCCGCUGGUUGAAAGAAGUCGACACUCAAUGUGUCUGUGAUUUGCUCGUUCGUUUGCCUAUAUUUCUGGCCAAGCCUUCACAUGAUUAUACGGUUAAUGUUAGUGAAGACUGUAGUGUCACCUACCAAUGUCCAGGCCGGGUGAUGAAUUGA